AUGGUCCCCUCACUGCACUGGCUCCUGCUGCUGUGGGGACUUCAGGGUCUUUGUGCACAGGACUAUGAAGAAGACUAUGAAGAAGAAGUGGUGACCACCAAGAAGAAGAACAAACUAUAUCCGUCCAAUUCCAUCCCCCAAAAUGGCAAAUCGCUCAUUGAUGAGGACUGCGGUUUGGAGAUAGCCUUCCUGAUCGAUAGCUCAGAGAGCGCCAAGGACAACCAUGCCCAGGAGAAGCGCUUCGCCUCGGACGUGAUGGACCGGCUGCAGGGCCUCCGGCUGCAGACCGGCCGCAGCCUCAGCUCGCGCGCAGCCCUGCUUCAGUACAGCAGCCAUGUCAUCAUAGAGCAGACCUUCAAACAGUGGAGAGGCACCAACGACUUCAAGGCCCGAAUCGCUCCAAUCGUGUACAUCGGUCACGGCACCUACACCACCUACGCUAUCACCAACCUCACCCGCAUCUACCUGGAGGAGUCAAAUCCCAGCAGCAUCAAGGUGGCCGUCCUGCUCUUCGAUGGCAUCUCGCACCCCAGGAACCCAGACAUAUUCUCAGCUGUGGCCGACGCCAAGAACCAGGGCGUCCGUUUCUUCACCAUCGGCAUCACACCUGAAGCCAACGAGCCGACCAACAUAGCUCAGCUGCGGCUGAUCGCCAGCUCCCCGGCCUCCCGCUACCUUCACAACCUGCAGGACAGAGGCAUUGUGGAAAAAAUUAUCAAGGAGAUUACGGCGCUGGCGGAUGAAGGGUGUCCCCUGGCCCAGAGCAAGUGUGCAUGCGACAAGGGGGAGAGGGGACCCAGCGGCCCUCCCGGCAAGAAGGGCCGUCCUGGAGACGAUGGAAGUCCUGGAUCAAAGGGACAGAAGGGUGAAAGCGGGCUCAGUGGACUUCCAGGUCGAGAAGGAGGAGAGGGAAAACCAGGAUACAAAGGAGAGAAGGGAGAGAGAGGAGAGUGUGGCACACCUGGGAUUAAGGGAGACAGAGGCCCUGAAGGCACCAUCGGCCCCAGAGGAAAUCGUGGACUUCAGGGUCUGUCCGGUCCACCUGGUGAUAUCGGCCCUGAGGGUGUGAUGGGUAGAAAAGGGGAGAGGGGACUUCCUGGGCCACCUGGAAUCCAAGGGGAAACAGGGAUCGGCCUUCCGGGACCGAAGGGCGAUGUUGGCUUCCAGGGGCAGCCAGGGCCCCCCGGUCCCCAGGGACUUGGCGAGCCUGGAUCACCGGGGCCUCAAGGGCCACAGGGAGUCCAAGGAGAGAGAGGGCCAAUAGGAGAAGGUCUGCCUGGACCAAAGGGAGAGCGAGGCUUGGAGGGGCCACGGGGGCCCAGAGGACAGCCGGGCACUGGAAUCAAAGGAGACAAGGGGGAUUUUGGACCUCCGGGUCUCCCAGGGCCCCUCGGCCUCCCGGGCGUAGGGAUACAGGGCGACAAGGGCAUAGAAGGGCCGAGGGGGCCCCCAGGGAGCAGAGGCCCACCAGGGGAGGGCUUGUCUGGAUCCAAGGGAGACCAAGGGUUGCCGGGCGAGAUUGGCGCCCCAGGGGAGAGAGGGGCCGGAGACCCUGGAGCUAAGGGCGAGCCGGGAUCCACGGGAAUGGCGGGUUUGCCGGGGCUGCCGGGAGAGGACGGAGCCCCCGGACAGAAGGGAGAGCCAGGAGCUACAGGUUUCAGGGGGCCAGAGGGGGCACCUGGGAUCGGGACUCAGGGUGAAAAGGGUGACCAAGGCCAACGAGGAAUAAGAGGCUUGACCGGUCCACCUGGGAUCGCUGGACCCUCCGGACCAAAGGGAGAACCGGGGGCACAAGGCAGGGCGGGUUCUCCCGGGCCACCGGGCCGUUUCAUCGUGGGACCCAAGGGUGAUCUCGGUCCGAAUGGUCCUCCUGGUCCGAUUGGCGAAACCGGCUACGGACUUCCUGGUCCGAAGGGUGACCGUGGAGACCCGGGCCCUGCAGGUCCAUUCGGCCCCAAAGGAGACGGCUAUCCCGGCCCCAUGGGCCCACCUGGUCUGCCUGGACUUCAAGGAGAACCUGGGCCUGAAGGAGAGGGCAUCCCUGGACCAAAGGGGGAUGUCGGUUUCCGAGGGUUGCCUGGUUUACCUGGACCUCCAGGCGAAGGACUCCAAGGACCUCUGGGUAACCCCGGGCGACCCGGACCACCGGGGCCAACGGGACCACAAGGACAAGGAGUUCAAGGGCCAAAGGGUGAACAGGGGUCCCAGGGCGUGACAGGGCCGAGGGGGCUUCCUGGCGAGGGCUUUCCUGGAGCUAAAGGUGACCGCGGCUCGGCAGGGGAGAGGGGGCUGAAGGGAAUCAAAGGAGAUAUGGGUGAUGCUGGAACCCCGGGGCAACCUGGCCGAGCUGGUGUCAAAGGUGAAGCGGGACUCACCAGAGAGGACAUCAUUCGGAUGAUCAAAGAGAUCUGCGGAUGUGGGAUCAAGUGUAAGGAGAGGCCCAUGGAGCUGGUGUUUGUCAUCGACAGCUCGGAGAGCGUGGGCCCGGAGAACUUUGAGAUCAUCAAGGACUUUGUGAACGCACUUGUCGACCGGGUCACAGUGGGGCGCAACGCCACCAGGAUCGGCCUGGUGCUGUACAGCCUGGAGGUGAAGCUGGUGUUCAACUUGGCCCGCUACGUCAGCAAACAGGACAUCAAGCAGGCCAUCAGGAACAUCCCAUACAUGGGAGAGGGUACGUACACGGGCACGGCCAUCCGUAAAGCUACACAGGAGGCCUUCUACAGUUCACGAGUGGGCGUCAGCAAAGUGGCCAUCGUGAUUACUGACGGCCAGACGGACAAGCGGGAGCCGGUGAAGCUGGACAUCGCGGUACGAGAGGCCCACGCCGCUAAUAUUGAGAUGUUCGCUCUGGGGAUUGUGAACACCUCAGACCCAACGCAGGCUGAGUUCCUGAGAGAGCUGAACCUGAUCGCCUCCGACCCCGACAGCGAGCACAUGUUCCUCAUUGAUGACUUCAACACCCUGCCAGCUCUGGAAUCCAAGUUGGUGAGCCAGUUCUGUGAGGACGAGAACGGAGCCCUGAUAUACAACAGAAUAACAAACGGCUACAACGGCUACAGGAAUGGCGUCAAUGGGCACUACGCCAUCGGUGGCUAUGGUUACCGGCCUGCGACUGAGCAGGAAAUACUGAACGGACGACAGACUGGCACCAACACUGGCGCCAGCACCCACAGCCACGGAGGCCAAGUAGAGACCACCCAGCAUGGCAGUAAAGGGUCCAGCACAGCACAUGGCGGAGGAGCUCAGCAUGUGCACACUGAUGCAACAAACUGGGGGACUGAGCGCGGGGACACAUUUAACCGCGGAAACUUAGAUCUCAGACCUGUCCCUCCUUCCAGAGAGGACUCCUCCGGUAGCCGAGGCUCCUCCUCAUCUUCAUCAUCAUCUUCAUCUUCAUCAUCAUCAUCAUCAUCCUCUUCUACAAAUACAACCACAUCCUUCUCAGGUGGAUCCGUAAUUCAUGUACCUGCCCCGAGGCCAGCUCUCCCCAAAGAGACCGUGCCCUUAGACCCUCGCUGUGGCCUGGUCCUGGACCAGGGCACGUGUCGGGACUAUAACAUCCGCUGGUAUUACGACAAGCAAGCCAACGCCUGCGCCCAGUUCUGGUACGGCGGCUGCAACGGCAACAAGAACCGCUUCGACACAGAGGAGGAGUGCAAGAGGACGUGUGUGAUCACCAGAUCCACCGAAGGCUGAGUGAAGGCGUCUGCCAUACAUCUGCUGUAGAUACUUCCAGGAGGGGCAGCUAAAACCAGCCUUUUUCACAGGGUUAUGUAAAGUCUUUGCAUAAUUCUCAGGCAUAUACACGUACACUGAUGUUCCAUACCACUACUACAUUAUACUUCCUGUCUUUGUGCCCCUUCCUAUUGAACCAGUUGUGAAAUUGUCCUCCUCUUGAGUACAGAGAAAGAGA